AUGCAUCAACCCAAGGGCUGCAACGUCAUCUACGGAGAGACCAUGGGAUUCAAUGGAGCCCGGAAGAGAAUGGUGUUAGCAGAAGUUCAGGGUCUUGAGGGUGAAGUUCUAAGGCGGACGGUACAGCAAGAUGCCGUGAAACGAACACUUUUAAAUCUCAUCAUCAUGCGACGUCUUCCAUUCUCCUGCGUAGAAUGGCCGGAGUUUCACGCUUUCGUUAAAGCACUGAAUCGAGAAUCGCCCUCGUUUAUUCCUAUUCAUCAUUCAACAAUAACAGAAUGGAUUGUUGAACACUUCGCCCAAAGCCAGGAUACUGUGCGAAAAGUACUUCAAUCAGCAAAGACGAACAUCCAUCUUGCUGUUGAUAUUUGGACUUCUCCGAGUCAUUCCCUUCUUCUCGGAAUAUGUGCCAGCUUUGUCGAUAUCCAGGAUAAAUAUCAGAACUCUCUGAUUGCCCUUCGUACAGUACAUAGUCAGAGUGGAGCAGAUCAGUGGGAGGCGCUUCGUCCGGUUCUCAUUGAGUAUGGAAUUGAAACGAAGAUUGGAGCCCUGGUUGGAGAUAAUGCUGGAUCAAAUGACGUCCUUUGUCGUAUGAUAGGCCAAUAUCUUAGCCUCAAACAUAAGAUUGCGUGGACCGCAACGCAUCAAAGAAUUCGCUGUCAAGGACAUGUCAUCAAUCUCAUCGUUCAAGCCUUUCUGUUCAGUUCAAAAAAGGACGAGAAGCUCAUGGAGUUAUACGAUAAGGAAGAUGAGGAACAGGAAGGAGAAGAGGCUGAAGAAGAAGCCUUACAAUCAAUACCACUACCAGCAAAGUCGAAAGACAGGAGGAGGAAGAAAAAUGAGGAAAUAGGCUGGGAGCUAUUGCCUGACGAAAAUGGUAGAAACAUUCGAGAUAUCAUGGGACCAAUGGGAAAACUCCACAACAAUGUUGUGCAUAUCCGCAAGUCCGCUAAUCGCACAACAUGGUUCAAAGAUCGUGCUGGUAAAAUCAUUCCUCUUGACAACCGUACGAGAUGGAAUAGCUGGUUUACUAUGUUAAGCGUGGCUCUAGAGGAUAAAGUCAAGGCUGCGCUUCAACUUUACGUGGAGCAUUAUCAAGAUAAUAUCUCGAAAGAUGAUAUCCUUACAACAAGUGAAUGGGUACAACUUCGGUCAAUUCAUGAUUUCCUUCAAUCUUUUCAUGAAGCAACCCUGUAUCUUCAGGGGGAUCGCACAACGUUAGAACGGGCUCUGGAAUCAAUUGACAUUCUUCAGAGUAUAAUACAAACUACAUUGGAGACAGCUAAUAAAGCUAAAGACAAGUUUAUGGCUCCUCGACUCCAGCGUGCUCAGGAAAAGUGUGCAACCUACGUCCAGAGAUUAGACGAUUCUCCAUACUAUCUAGCAGCGCGCAUUCUCAAUCCACAAUGUCGGAUAGCUUUUUUAAAGGAUGGGAAUGGGAGGAUCAUCACCGAAGGAGAAAAGAAGCUCUAUAUCGUACGGAAGCUCUGGGAGAGAUUCCGCGACAAACUACCAUUUUCAGCUGCGCUAUACGAGUCUGAAAGUGUAGGCAAGCAUGCUCUCCAGCCAGAGGAAAAUCUCUCUGCUUUCCAUAAAGUUCGCCGAAUGCAGAUUUUGAAGCAAACUCGUCCACCGAGCCAGGACGAGUUUGAUAACUAUAUUAAUGAAAACCCAGUUAUGCUGGAUAAUGAUACAACAGCCAUUCAAUGGUGGAGUCAGCCUAUCCAGCAUGGAAGAUAUCCACGGCUCUCACAGCUUGCAAUCGAAGUUCUCUCGAUACCCAGUAAAUCGAAGUUCUCUCGAUACCCAGAAUGAGUGACAAGCCAGAGAGGGUUUUUUCAGGUACUCGUCGUCGUGUCCCAUGGGAUCGUACGAAGACUAGUGUACGACUGCUUGAAGCAUCAGAAUGCGCAAAGGACUGGGCCGCGCAAGGAAUUCUAGAUACUCUUCUAUAAUAUUUUGUGGCGUAACUAAUUAUAUAUUCAUAUUAUCAUGAAUCUCUUUUUAUCCAUUUUGUAUUUAUGAACUUGCUAAAAACAUAGCGGUAGUAAUAGAUUGUAAAGAGAGAU